GCACCCUGUAGCACCGCCCCCUCCUGCUCAGCGCAGACACGCAUCGGGUGGGAAAAAAAGCGGCUCUGACUCCGGCUCACAGGCAGGAGCCGGCUCCGAUCGUUCACUUCAAAGAGCCGGCUCCGAGAGCCGUUUCGUUCGCGACCGACACAUCACUACCGUCUGUUCUGCGUAUCUAAAGCUAUACUAAAUAAUCGUACAACUAUAUUAAAUAUUGGUAAAUAUCAUGAAGGAAAUCAUAUUGACUUUUCUCUCUGUUUUAACCUCACGUUUUUGUGCUUCUUUCACGGAUUACGAACCCAGACUCAUCUUGCAUCAAGCCAGUGCUGACAGACUGCAAUACCAUGGAACACAGAACAACACAGUAUUAUUUCAUAAGGAGGGACGUGAUGAUAUAUAUAUCGGAGUAAAGGAUGCGGUUUUAAGGAUAAGCUUAGAGCAGAAGCGCAUUAUGCAGUCCUUUUCACUUUGCCCAAGGAAAGGACAAAAUUGGAAUGAGACUUCUUGCGGCUACAUAACUACCGUAAUCCAGCAGUUCGAGGAUAGCCUGUUUGUAUGUGGCACUGAUGGACACAAGCCUCAAUGUUGGAAGCUGUACCUUCCUGCAGAAAAUCAAACUAGCGGUAUUUCUGCGAGUUUCAGUGGCAGAGGGAUUUCACCAUAUUCCGGGUCUCAAAACUUCCUAACACUCGUAGUCGAUGGUGACCUGUAUGCUGCAGCACCUCUGAACAGGGAUGGCAGCCUCUUACAGUUCCGUAGAAACCGUGGAAAAAGGAAAAACACCUGGAUGCAUGACAAAUGGGUGCUGGAACCUACUUUUAUAUCUGCUGCCUGGAUUAAGCGCAAGGAUGACCCAGAAAAUGAGAAGAUAUACAUUUUCUUCCGUGAGAAGAACUCUGACAGCAACCCAGAAGCUGACCCAUGGAUCUCGAGAAUUGCUCAAGUGUGCAAGGUGGAUGAAGGUGGGCCAAAGAGGUUCUUUCAGAACACUUGGACAUCAUUCCUUAAGGCCCGGCUCAUCUGUGGGAUCCCAGAGGAAUCACUGUAUUUCAACCGUCUGCAGGACAUUUUUCUACAAGAGGCUGAUGACUGGAGGGACAGCAGGGUUUUUGUACUGUUCACAAGCAGUUGGAACUCCUCUGCUGUUUGUAUAUAUUCACUAUUUGACAUCGCCAGAGUCUUUCAGAAUUCCAGUUUCAAAGACUUUCAUGAAAACAUUCCGAAUCCAAGACCAGGAAUGUGUGUGGCAGACAGCAGGCAGCUUCCAGGGGAAACCCUCAGUGUUGUUAAAAAUCAUGCGGAGAUGGAUGAGUGGAUCCAGCCAAUCAACAAGCAAAGGCCCUUUUACAUCAGCAGCCUGAAGUAUAUAAAGAUUGCUGUAGACAGAGUCAUGGGGGCAAACAGUGAACUGUACAACGUGCUGUUCCUCGUCACUGAAAACAGUAUUCGGAAAGUCUUAGAGCAUAACUCCAAACCCUUUAUAAUCUCAGAAACUUUUCUUCCAAACCACGUGGGACAUAUUCAGACUAUACAACUUGAUUCUAAGAAGAGGAAACUCUUGGUAGGGGUACUGGACGAGCUGGUGCUGGUGGACCUGCAGAGUUGUCAGAAUUACAACCAGUCUUGUGAAGACUGUGUUUUGGCUCGGGACCCGUACUGCGCAUGGACGAAGGCUGGGUGCAUUCCUGUAGACAACACUGAACGGGGAAACAUUCAGGAUGUUGCUGGUGGUAUAACAGAAAUCUGUCACAGUAAAGGUUCAAAGACACAUCGAAAGAAACGUGACACGCUGGAGAUGCCAUCGUGUGACGUACCCCAGGCCACUUACGCCGUUCCGCUGCAUUUGCCCUUUUACCUCUCCUGCCCCAUACACUCUCAUCAUGCUACAUACAUCUGGGAGCACAACAACCAGAGCGGCCAGUGCCAACAGGCUCAGUCUGCCUGCUUGCAGCUUAUUGCCGCUGUGAAGGAAGAUAGUUAUGGAACAUAUGAGUGUUAUUCUAAGGAACGGGAUUAUACCCGAUGUGUAAAAGCCUAUAAGUUAGUCCCCAAAUUAGACAACACAGCCACGUCCGUUUCAGCACAGGGGGCUGCCAUGACUUUCACUGUUUCAUUAAUUUUUGCGCUCUGCCUCUAAAGAUGAUUUCUUAUCACGGUUAGAUGCAACCCCAGGCAAAUUGCAAGCAUCUCCUCCCUUGUUCCUAAGACUUUUUACUCAGGUCAUGUUCUAGUCUCAAACAGCAAAACCGUGGGUGAUUAAGCAUUAAUUCCACAGGCCUUGGCUUGGCUGUGAACCAUAUUAUCACUCAAACUGAUAAGAACUCUCAAACCAUACAGCUAACCCACUUUCUUUACUUCUGUGCUGUGCCUAUUGAUAAUGAUCGAUAUUAUUAUUCCAGCGGCGCAUGUCCGCUUCUUAAAAGGCGCAUAUCAGUGACUGAACUGGGGAGCUCAAGACAGGGAGGCACUAUCGCUGAUGAGGGAGAGGACAAGAGGUAACUGGGGUGAUCUACACAAGGGAUGUAACGAGAGGCAAGAUUAAACAAGUAAACAGGUGUGGCUCAUUAGCACCACACAAUGGAGGGAACAAGGGGGAAGGAAUGCAGGGUUUGACAGUACCCCCUCAAUGCAUGCACUGUGGGCAUGCUAGGCAGAUCGGAGAGGGGGCCUCCAGGGACCGAGCAGAUCAAGGGACCGAAGGGUCCCAGCACCAAGGUAAACGACAGAUAAAGCACUAUAACACCAAACAUGAUAGGGGUAGAGACCCAGGGACCGACAUGUGAUGAAAUAGGACCCAGGACAGACAAGACAAGACCACAAAGGAGUAGGAGAACAGGUCACAAUUGGGUAAGGGAGAACAAGGACCGGGACUAAAACACAACUGAACACCAUUGAGACACACAGGGCACAUACCAGGGCAAACAUGACACUCAGACAGUAAAAGUACUGUCAGGCACAAACAAGAACCAAACACGGGCAAGAAACCAGACAAGAUGGGGAACGCGGGACAUGACUGACACACAAACCAACACAGGGCAGUCAAGUAAAGGGUCACCAGAGCCAGGGACAGACCAACAAGGGGGAACCAUGAGCUCGGGAGGAGACAAGGCAGGAUAGGGGACUGAGGCAGGAACUGAGGCAGGGCAGGGCGAGGGAAUCAACACGGGGAACUAAUAAUGGGAAUGGGCCUUGGGAGAAUAAAGGCAGGACAGGACCUUAGGGCAAAAACUUAACCGAAGCGUAAGGGGACAGGACUGAGCUAGCGGUUCAACCCAGGGCUGGCAGAGAUUGGCAGGCGCAUCUCUGGAGACGGGUGGAGAUCGGACAGGGCCUCAGGAGGAAGAGAGGGCUUGGAAAGGAUCUGGGGAGGCAGGCCAAGCUCAGACACCUCAGGAGUCAGGCAGAGCUCUACCACCUCUGGGCACAGGCAGGGAACUUCGGGGAACUGGUGGAGAAUUUCAGGAGAUGGAUGAAGUUUCAAUCCCUCAUGAGACAGGUGGAGCUCAGGCACCUCAGGACAUGGACUGGGAACCGUAGGAAAAAAGCAAGGCUCAACUGGGUCUCCUGGGCAGGGCACCGGCUCCGCUCUUGUCCUCAGUCUCCACUUUCUGUGACGGCAUCUAACAGAGGACUUCGGAGAACCAACAGGCAGAUUGGCGGCCAGCCACGGAGACAAGGGGAACUCAGCAUGCACCUCAGGGGACAGGCAGAGCUCCUCAGUGAACUGGUGGAGCUCAAACACCUCAGGGGACAGGCAGAGCGACUCUGGAGGAACGUAGGACACGGUGGGGAUUUCAGGAGAAAGGUGGAGCUCCCACGCCCCUGGAGUUGGGCGGAGCUCAUUGCGGCUCUCAGACGGGCGAGGGCAAGGAGUCAGCAUCCAGGAGGUCUGUGCUGGUCAGCAGAGCCGGGGAUUUGGCAGCGGGGAUACCACUCAGAACGGGAAUGUUAGGCUCAGCAACUGUUUGUAGUACUUCUCUGCCAGGGUCUGCGAGGACAAAACAGUACUGUUGGAGGAGUAGCAUGCCACAGUCCUCGAACCCCGGUCUUCAGUAGGCAUAUCCAAUACGGGCAGGAAUCACACAAUGCGAAGUUAUCCAGGAUCAGAUGGCGAAUGAAGGCAGGGGCAUCCAGUGGGCUGGGGAGCUGCCAGGGCUUUGUUUGCAGAGUCCAGUCAUCCUGUCACGUCACAGGUAUGGAUGGAAGCAGAGGAAGGCGCGGGGAAAUCCAAAAAAAAUAACUAAUACAGUCAGGACAAAAGGAAUCAAAACAUGGUAGGGAGGAUACACCAAGAACACGGGGCACACUGGGGAACGCAUGCAGGCAGCAACAUAAGUGACUGGACUGGGGAGUUUAAGACAGGGAGCCACUAUAUACAGAACUGAUAAGGGAGCAGACGAGAGGCACCUGGGGUGAUCCACACAAGGGCUGUAUGUUAUGGGUAUGUCGGCUCAUUAGAGCUGCACAAUGGAGAGAACGAAGGGGAGGGGAUGCAGGGUGUGACAGUAUAAUGGCUCUGAAUAGGCACUGAAGGAAGUCAUGUACAGAAUGCUGCUCAAGAAGAGCUUUGCCUGCAUAUAUAGCCACAAAAUUAACCUAAACAUAUUGCUUUGUGGUGGUCUUCUUAAUAGGCCUAUAUGCAAACAGCAUGAAAACAAUGCAGUAGUCCAAUGAAUGAUGUUUAUGAGGAAAUUCCAUCAGCACAGAGCUUUAACCCCAUGAAACAGUUAUAAACAGGAUAAGGUGGGAUUUUCCCUAAGGAAGCCUGUUACUAAUUUAGUUUUUCAUCUCACCGAAAAUAAGUUGUUCCUAAGAAUUUCAAACAGAGGCGAACUUAUCUUAAGGCAAGUGUAGCAGCGAUUAUGUAGCUAAGCGCCAAGUUGCUGCUCGUCCCAUUGGUGGCAACGCAAGGGUGUGACGAUUCUAGGAUGCCAAAUAGUGGUGGCAAGUAGAUUAGCAAAAGGGACAGAGCUAAUCAUGAAAGCAAAGCAGAGACUGGACGGAGAAGAUGUAUUACAGGGAUCGAUUCCCUGUCUUGAAAGAAUAUGAGGCAGGCAGAAUAAGGACGGUGGAUAUAAAAAGUGUGCCGUUCACCCCGUGUUAAAAUGCCAGAUUUUUGUUGAAGCACCUUUUGAUUUAAUUACAGCAUUCGGCCUUUUUGAGUAGGAGUCUAUCAGCUUGCCACAUCUUGAAUUUAUUUGCCCACUCUUCCUUGUAAACGUGCUCCAAGUACCUCAGAUUGCGAGGGCAUCUCUUCUGCAGAGCUCUCUUUAGCUCACCCCAAAGAUUUCUGCAUUGUAUCUAUUUUAUAUUUUUCCCUCUGUGGUCUAUACUUUUUUCACAUCACAUAUACCUGGUAUUUUAACAGGGGCUGUAUUAUAGCAUAUUAUAAUAUAGGGGAUAUAUACUUAUUUAUAUAUGCUUUACUUUUGAUUAUUGAUUACUUCUGUUUUGAAAGGUUUUGGAGAAGAGGGAGCUGAGCCGGAAGGCAAAGCUAUCGGUCUAUGUUCCUACCCACGCCUGCAGUCUCGAGCUCUGGGUAGUGACCGAAAGAAUGUUAUUGCAGAUACAAGCGGCCUAAAAUGGCCUUCCUGUGCAGGGUGGCUGGGCUGACUGGAAAAUGGAUGGAUAUUUUUUAUUAAGUAUUUAUUAUUUUAAAUGUAUCUUUUUAAAAAAUAAAUUAAUUUAGAUUUUAUCUGCUUACUCAGGUUCCUUUCCACAGUUGUAAAAUAUAAUAAAAAAUAUAUAUAUAUGUAAAUAUAUAUGUAAAUAAAAAUAUAUUUGUGUGUGUGUGUGUGUGUGUGUGUGUGUGUGUGUGUGUUCUGUGACACUCUGGCUUCCCUGCGCCCUGCAUUUUUUCUGCAGUGGAUCGGCAAUUAAUAUGUACAUGUAUGCAAAGUAUCUGUCUAUAAUAAAAUAAACAUUGUGAACAUUCACAAA